AUGACAGAAUACAGAUUUAUUAGGCAAUGGCAAAUAGUGUUUGGAAAGGAAAGGAUCGAAAAUGUUAUUUAAUUUAUGAUUUCUGAAACAUAUUCUUAUAAAUUGAGCAAUAACAUAGUAGCGGAAAAUAUAUUGAUCCACAAUACCUAGAUAUUGAUUGAUCGUUUCUCUAAAACGGUCCAAUAUCAUGAAGCUAAUAAAGCCAAUUUGGAGAACAAGUCGGCGCGCUGUCAGUACUUGGUCACCAUUAGCCACUGCUUUUAACACAAGGCCCACUCAUAGACCUAUAUUUGACUCUUUGAGAGAGAGAACUGGCCUUUUUAAUAAACCUGAACUAACAAGUUUCGAAGGAUUCAAUACAUUAAAAGAGCAGGCCAUAACAGCCACAGACAGGUUAAUAGAGGAAGCUACAUCAAAUCCCACAAGGCCUAUGGUGGAGAUAUUUGACGAGUUGUCUGAUACUCUGUGCAAAGUAGCAGAUCUUGCCGAGUUUGUUCGUAUAGCACAUCCACAACCACAUUUUGCUAGUGCAGCAGAAGACGCAUGUAUUAGUGUCAGUGGUGUUGUUGAAAAAUUAAAUACACAUAAAGGCUUAUAUGAAGCUCUAAAAAAUUCAGUACAAAAUGGUACAUCAGGCGAUAAACACCUAGCAGAAUUAUUUUUAUUUGACUUUGAACAAAGUGGUAUCCAAUUAGAAGAGAAUACAAGACGUGAAGUUGUAGCUUUGAAUGAUUUGAUUUUACAAACUGGACAACAGUUCAUGGCUGGCGGAGCAAAACCUCGAAGAGUCCCUAGAUCAAUUGUGCCACAGAAUGUAAGACAAUUUUUCAGUACUGAAGGUGACAAUAUCAUAGUAAGUGGUGUGUAUGCUGAAUGUGAAGAGGCAGCAGCAAGAGAAGCCGCCUAUCGCCUGUAUCUAGCUCCAGAUGUAAGACAGGAGCGCCUGCUCAGUGCUACUCUACAGGCCAGACAUAAGCUUGCCCAACUAUGCGGCUUUGACAGCUAUGCAGAUAGAGCAAUUAAAGCAAGUACAAUGGAGACGUCGACAAAUGUUCGGGAGUUCUUAGAUAUACUUUCCGAUAAUCUCCAUGAUAGAGCCAAUGUGGACUUUGAAGCUAUGGCCAAGAUGAAGAGGCAGGAAUCCCCAUACCAGAACGGUCUAAUGUGUUGGGAUACGCCAUACUUCACACACAAAGCCAAAACGCAGCUACUAAACGUGGCUAACACAGAUUUCAGUCCGUAUUUCUCGCUGGGAGGCUGUAUGGAAGGGCUGAACAUGCUCUGUCAAGAGUUGUAUGGAAUUAGUUUGAAAUCCGAAGAAAUGUUGCCAGGAGAGUCAUGGGCACCGGAUGUAUACAAGUUGGCCGUGGUACAUGAGACUGAAGGUCUACUGGGUCAUAUAUAUUGCGAUUUGUAUGAGAGAGCGGGGAAACCACACCAGGACUGCCACUUUACAAUACAGGGUGGGAAAUUGCUGCCUGAUGGAACUUAUCAGAACCCAAUAGUGGUUAUUAUGCUGUCUCUAAGCGGCGGCCAUAGAGGUGGGCCGGCGUUAUUGAGCGCGGGUUCUGUGGACAAUUUAUUCCACGAAGCAGGCCACGCGUUGCACUCCAUGCUAGGUAGAGCGCCGCAUCAGCACGUGGCUGGCACCAGGUGCGCUACGGAUUUAGCUGAACUGCCAAGUGUUUUGAACGAGUAUUUCGCUUCAAGUCCGCAGGUGGUCCGUCGUUUCGCACGUCACUUUCAAACUCAAGAACCGAUGCCUGAAGACAUGUUGCAACGGCUUUGUGCAUCAAAAUAUCUUUUUGGAGCUAGCGAGAUGCAACUGCAGGUGUUUUACUCAGUCUUAGACCAGCUAUACCACGGUGCAAACGUUUCUCACCAGCAGUCCACUACUGAAGUUCUACAAAGCGCCCAGAAACAAUAUUAUGGCUUGCCAUAUGUUGAUAAUACGGCAUGGCAACACCGCUUCAGCCAUUUAAUCGGCUACGGAGCAAAGUACUACUCGUAUUUAAUAUCCCGGGCGUUAGCUUGGAGCGUGUGGCGACAGAACUUUGACGCGCGUCCGUUAAAUCGCAGUGCUGGUGAUCGUCUGAGACACGCUGUGUUAAGACAUGGAGGGGCUGUUGAGCCGAAGGUUUUAUUAGGAGAUUAUCUCGGUACGGAAAUGACGCCACGUGCGCUUGCGACCGCUCUCACUGACGAACUGGAUUAUCACAAGGACCAUCUCGAUACAGUUUUUAAAGUUAUGGACAAAUGAGAUUAUAUUUAUGAGAAAAAAUUCAAGAUCAGAAAUUCAACAGUUUAGCCAUUUAAUAAAAUACACAAUAAAGUAGCUACAGCCUGCUACGAGCGGGCCAUUCGGUUUUUUAUUCAAAAAUGUUUCUUAACCUAAAAAUAUUUAUAUAUGCUAUGUUAGUCACAAAAAACAUCCUAUAUCCUUAAAUAAAAAAAAUCUAAAUUUACAUUUACUGCCAGUUCUAAACCGUCAGAACUAGAAAUAAACUCUCCGCCACAGUUUAAUCUUCAAGAUUUUUGUUUUACUCAAAGUUUGUAACUUAUACCAUUAUACCAUGCGUAUAAUAUACUAUUCCCGUAAUUUUUCAUCAAUAAACAAAAGGACAAUGUCUUUGGAGGUGACAGAUGACAGGACUAUGGAGCUGGCGAGCAUACGAUUUGCUCGUAUUUUAUAUUGAUAGGAAUUACGCCGGUCAAAACGACAAAAUUUUCUAAAUUGAUUAUGGUCGUACAUCCAUUUAAAAAAAUCAUUGCCAAAUCAAUCAAUCAAUUUAUUCGCUUUAUUAGAACCUGGUGAAUAAGUGACAUACAUUUUACUUUUCGAUAAGCUUUCUUAACAUCAGACUUAAAGGAAGACACGGGCAAAUGAUAUAUGUAGUAUACCUGACUUUUUUACAUUAUAAUACUGUCAAUAAUUGACAGCCCCUUAAAAAUGUUUAUGACUACAACGCUUCGCUACCAUGAUGGUAGAAUGGAUGUGGUCCUUUAUAGUUCUUAUAGUAUAAUUACCACUUAAUAAAAGUCUGCCACAUGAGCAAAUCACCUAGCUAUAUAUCUCGCCAGCUCCCUAGCUAUAACGUAUGAUACGAGGAUGCUAGUCAUAAAAAUAAACAAUGGAAAUACGCUGUUAAAAUAUAAUCGGUUUGAUGGUCGCUUUUGAUACAAUUAUUAUGGAACUGUCAUGGUAUAAAUGUAUAUGUAAAUGAAAGUAAAUACUUUAUCGGAUAAAAAUGUAUUUUUAAAUGAAAGUAGAUUUUUAAAUUGCUCAAUGUAAUAACGAAUGAAACCUCAUUUUAAUAUAAUUUAUAAACCUGUGUAGUCUUCCAAUGUAAAUAGAAUUUGAAUAAAUUAUUGCUUAGUUUGUAGUUACAAAAUAGAGGGAUUGUAAAAACAAUUAUUAGAAAAUAAAAGUAGUUACACAUG